AUGGCUAUGGAGAGUUUCGAAAAUAUCUUCCUUGAUCUCUCGAAAGAGUCAGGUCGAUGCAGAUUCGCUGAAACUGGAUUCGGAUGGAAACCAUCGAGCGGCGGAGAUACAUUUACACUCGAGAGCAGUAAUAUCGCAGGCGCGCAAUGGAGCAAGGCAGCGAAAGGUUUUGAAGUGAAGCUUUUGUUGCGCAAUGGUGAUAUCUGUCAACUUGAUGGUUUCUUACAAGAUGACUUUGAGCGAUUGAGUAAAGUUUUCAAAAACUGGUACAGCACGAAUUUGGAGCACAAGGAGCACGCUCUAAGAGGGUGGAAUUGGGGUAAAGGUGAAUUUGGAAAGUCGGAAUUGGUUUUCAACGUUCAAAACAGACCCGCAUUCGAAAUCCCAUACACCGAGAUCUCAAACACAAAUUUGGCAGGCAAGAAUGAAGUUGCGGUCGAGUUCACUCCUGCAAAUGCUGAUGAUACGGGUACAAAUGGAGCUUUAGGAGGUGCGCGUGCCAAGGGAAAGAAAUCUGGUGCUGGAAAAGAUCAACUUGUUGAGAUGAGAUUCUAUAUUCCUGGUGUUGCGUCAAAGAAAGGAGCUCGUGAAGGAGAAGAGGAUUCUGGAGAGGAAGCCGAUGGAGAGGAAACCAAUGCUUCUACCAUAUUUUAUGACACUUUAAUGGAGAAGGCUGAAAUUGGUGAUGUUGCUGGAGAUACUGUUGCCACUUUUUUGGAUGUCUUACAUCUUACACCAAGAGGACGUUUCGAUAUCGAUAUGUACGAAAACUCCUUCCGAUUACGUGGUAAAACAUACGAUUACAAGAUUCAAUACGACAAUAUCAAGAAAUUCAUGGUUCUACCAAAGCCUGAUGAAUUACAUUUUAUGAUUUGUAUCGGUUUGGAUCCACCCUUACGUCAAGGUCAAACCAGAUAUCCUUUCUUGGUUAUGCAGUUCAAGAAGGAUGAAGAAGUUACCAUUGAUCUGAAUAUGACUGAGGAUGUAAUGAAAGACAAAUACGCUGGAAAGUUGAGUAUACAUUAUGAACAACCAUUACAUGAAGUUGUCACACAAGUAUUCCGUGGUCUUGCCGGAAAGAAGAUUAACCAACCGGCUAAGGAUUUCUUGAGUCAUCACUCACAAUAUGGUAUCAAAUGUUCUAUCAAAGCUAGUGAAGGUUUCCUUUAUUGCUUGGAGAAAGCUUUCAUGUUCGUUCCAAAACCUGCUACAUAUAUUACCUACGAGCAAAUUACAGUUAUAACUUUCUCUCGUGUUGGUGGAGCCACUUCGGCUUCCCGUACCUUCGAUAUCGCAGUUGGAAUGAAGGGUGGAGCUGGCGAAACUCAAUUCAGUAACAUCAAUCGCGAAGAACAAAAGAAUCUUGAGGAUUUCUUUAAGAUCAAGGGAAUUCGUGUUAAGAAUGAGAUGGAUGAAGAUAAUACAGCACACAUUGCUCUUCUCAAUAAUCCAGAUAUGCAAUCUUCGGAUGAAGAAGUCGUGGCAGCUAGAGCUGAUAGAGGAAGUGCUGAUGAGGAUGAUGAGAGCGUGGAUGAAGAUUUCAAAACGGAUAGCGAGAGUGAUGUGGCAGAAGAAUAUGAUUCUGCCCAUGAAAGUUCCGGAAGUGAUAGUGAAGAUGAAGGGGCUAGUGAUGAGGAGAGACCGGCUAAGAAAGCUAAGACUGGUUAA